CCAACAAACCCACGCACCGCCGGCUCCUUGCAGCGCAGCGCCGCCGACGCUCAUCUCCCUCGCAGCGCCGCUCAGGCGGUCCCUCAGCGCAGAUCUGCUCCUUCCCCCACUCGCGCUCAGGCUCGGUCCCAAGGAUCGGAUCUUCCGCGCGUCGGCGGCUCCCCCUCGGCGGCGUCCAGCGACGGAGGGGCAGUCCCAGGCUCGGCGGCGGCGUCGGCGGCUCCCCCCACCUUCUCUCGCCAGUCGCCUCGCGCCCUCGCCUGCGUCCUCCGCGCACCGGCCGACGACCCUGCAUUUGAGCCUCACUGGAUAUCCUCUAAUGGCAUCUGAUAUGAGAGCACCUAGCAGUGGCAAAAAGAGUGAGACCUCCCAUGGCAUGAAGUGUGGGGUCUCUGAUCAAGCUUGUCAUGGCAAAUGCCAAAGCUGUGACAUUGCUGCAAAACCUAUUUGUUCUGGAGUGGAUGGAGUCUCCUCGUUGACUGGUAGUCAUACUGAUGUGAAGGCCUCAAAAGAGAACUGUGGAGCAUGCAGUCUGAACAAUGAUCGUGCUGAUUCUUUAGAAGAAGAGGUAAAGGGUUCCACAGCGAGGAUAGGUCAUGUUGAGAGUGCUGAUCCUGAUGGCUGUGUGGAUGUAAAAAAGGAAAGUUUCAUGGCUGUUGAUGAUCUACCACAGGAGUUUGAGGGGGAGCAAGUUGGGGCAACACUGGAGGAUCUGUUUUUCUUUAAUGGUGAAGAGGAAGAUGACAGUGAUUGGGAACCUGCUAGUCGCCUUGUUGAGGAUAGAUGGUUUUGCUUUAACUGCACAAUGCCGAUUGUGGACCAGAUUACACAUUGCAUGAAUUGCCGUGAGCUUAAGGAAUCUGCAGUAGAUGGAUAUGAUGUUUUCAAAAAACAAAUUGCACAGACAGCUUUGUUAUCUGCCGACACAGAGUUGCUGCCAGUAUCUACAGCGAUUGGUUUUGAUGAAAGAAUGCUGCUCCACAGUGAGCAGCUAGAAGUUAAACCAAAUCCGCAUCCAGAAAGACCGGAUCGCCUUCGCGCCAUUGCUGCAAGUCUUGCUGCUGCAGGGAUCUUUCCCUCAAAAUGUGCUUUGGUACCUCCUCGAGAAAUCACGAAGGAGGAACUCCUUAUGGUUCAUAGUCCAGACCACAUUGAAAGUGUCGAGCAGACAAAGAACAUGCUUUACAGUUACUUCACUUCGGAUACUUAUGCAAAUGGACAUUCAGCAUGUGCUGCCAAACUUGCAGCUGGAUUAUGUGCUGAUCUUGCUAGUUUGAUGGUAUCUGGGCGUGUUCGUAAUGGUUUUGCUCUGGUAAGACCUCCUGGGCAUCAUGCAGGGGUGAAGCAAGCAAUGGGUUUUUGUCUUCACAACAAUGCAGCAGUGGCUGCUUUAGCUGCAAAAAGAGCAGGUGCCAAGAAAGUCCUCAUAGUUGACUGGGAUGUGCACCAUGGAAAUGGCACACAAGAGAUAUUCGAAGGGGAUAAAACAGUCUUGUACAUAUCAUUACAUCGUCAUGAGGAUGGAAACUUUUACCCUGGAACUGGAGCAGCUCAUGAGGUGGGAGUUCUGGAUGGUCAAGGAUUCUCAGUUAAUAUACCUUGGAGCCGUGGUGGUGUUGGAGACAAUGACUACAUCUUUGCUUUUCAGACUGUGGUGCUUCCAAUAGCUGCAGAGUUUGCCGCAGACAUCACUAUAAUAUCUGCAGGAUUCGAUGCAGCUAGAGGUGACCCUCUAGGUGGUUGUGAUGUCACUCCAGUUGGAUACUCUUGGAUGACAUCCCUGCUAGCUGAUUGCUCAAAUGGAAGAUUGUUGGUGAUACUUGAGGGAGGAUACAAUCUCCAGUCGAUAUCCUCAUCAGCUACUGAAGUUGUUAAGGUCCUACUUGGGGAUGGUCCAAAUCGUGCUUCAUUUGUAGGUUCACCAUCAAGAGAGGCCUUGAAGACUGUUUCUCAAGUCCUGAAGAUUCAACAACGAUUUUGGCCAGUUUUAGGUCCAACAUAUGCAUCACUACAGGCACAGCAGGGGUCGGUUUCUUCCAAUCAUAGUGAAGUCAUGGACUCUCUCACCUGCACCUGCAUCCACAGGUGGAAUUUUGCACCCACACCGACCUGUUGUGGCACCCCCAAGUACCCCGCACCAGUGGGUUGGACUGCCAUCCCUAGAUAAGAGUCACCAAACGUAAUGAGCUGAAGAAAAGGAAGCAUUCAGGAGGAUUAGGGCCCUUCUGGUGGAAGUUGGGAAGCAAAAGGCUUCUGUACGAAGCGCUUUUUGAGCACCGUCGUCAGAGGAAAAUCAAGGGGUCCGGAGAAGGAAAAGCAACUGGUUUCAGCAGUACCUUAGAUGGGUAGUUCGCUGACUGUUGAUCUUCUAGGCAUGAACAGGGUAGUUCGCUGACUGGGUUUCCUAAAGCAGAGUAGCUUGCGUUUACCUAGAGCCUAGUUUUGACUGGUUACUUGGUCUGCCGUUUCAGAUGAAGUUUGACAGCAACCCGUUGUGUUAACAUGCGUGGUGUAUCAACCGAAGUUUCAUGUUACCAUCUUUUUCUUUGGUUGGUUCGUACCAUAGAUGUAUGUACUGGUCAUCGAUAGAAAAACCUUGCUGAUCUGGAAUGGCAUGCGUCUCAGUUAUUAAACCCUGUUAUUGCAUAUGGAUUUUUGCGAUUUUCUGCA